AUGCACCGCCACCCGCCACGUGGCGUCACAUCGUCCCACACCACUCCUCUUUUCCUCCUGCUUCCACCGGCAAUGACAACGACGCCAACCGCGACUCCGCUGGCGGCGGCGGGCAGCAAAGCGCUCAGCACCAGCACGCUCGCUCUCAAGUUCAUGCAGAAUGCGGCGGCCCGCAAGGGGGCGACAGCGCCAGGCGCGCUGGCGAAGGCCGAGGUGCAGGACGAGGUCGACGGCGCGUGGGCGGUCCCGGGGGCAGAUGCGUGGCGGGCGAUGAGAGAGAGCGAGGGGGAGGGAAGGAGUGGUGAGCUACGAGGCAUCGGGCGUGAGGUCGACGAGCUUGGAGCGAUAGCGAUUGAGAAAGCGGCUCCAGCGCAAGAGCUACCGCCAGUUAAGGCGGCCGGCAAGGUGCGCGCGAUAUCGUCGCAGGGUGGGCCGCCCGAGAAGAAUAAGAAGGCGAAAAAGGAGGGCGGCUCUGCGCGUGACGCCAUCUUUGCUGCCCCCGUCACCGGGCUCCCGAGUGCGACGCCCGACCCACCUACCCAGCGGCAGAAGACGAAAAAAGACAAAGACAAGCCGCCCACGUUCCUCCGUCCCGCGGGCGUCGACGCUCCGCCCAGCCAGCCAUCCACUUCGAAAGCCACGACGACCCAGCCCGUGGUCGCCGAAGAACGGGACAGUUCGGUGGAGGAGAUCGCGCCGGAGAAAAUGGCAACGAAGUCGAAAAAGAGCAAACGGGGGCGGGAGGAACCGGCAGAGGGGCCGUCACCAGCUCAAAAGCCCACAAAGAAGGCGAAAAAGAGCAAGCCCGCUUAUGAGGAGGACGAUAGGUCUGUCGAGGAGGUCGCGCCGCCACCUAAAUCGACGCAGAAGGCGAAAGCGAAGUUGACCAAGCCGGACGAUGAGGAGAGUUCUGUCGAGGAAGUCGCGCCGCCGAAGACAAAGUCGAGGAAAACCAAACGCGCGCUCGAGGAGACGGAGGGCGAGGCUGAUGGGGAGGGGGACGCGGCUCCGAAGCCGAAGAAGCCGAGAAAGAAGAAGAAAAAGGCGAAGGAGGAUGCUUGUCAGAAGGACUGUAGUCAGUAG